AUGAGGCUGCUCGCUACUGCCAUCGCCGCCCGGCCGCUGCUUGUGCCGCGUGCGGCGCCGGCCGCGCUGCUCGACGUCGAGGCCGUGGCGAGCGUGCACACCACCCUCGGCGACCUGAGCAGCACUCUGGCGUUCGCGGAUCAGGCCGGAAACCUCGCAGGCACUCUCUUCCCGCUCUCUUUGCCGCCGUACCUCCUCUUCCUCUACUUCAUCUGCCAGGACUGCAACGGCCUCUCGCCCACCGCCAAGGCCGGCUUCACCAGCCUGCUCGCGUUUGUCUUUGCCACCGUCGCGACGUCGGUCGUCGCCGUCAAGUCCUACGGCCUCAACCUGGCCAACGUGGACUGGCUGCACUCGGGCGCGGAGCAGCUCCUCUCCUUCACAAACGUUUGCAACGUGGUCGGCCUCAAGCUCACCCUCGACGCCUACUCGGCGGGCGGCAACCUGCCCGGCGGGCUGUGGACGGUCGGCUUUGCGGAGCCAGCCAACGCUCUGUCGGUGCCGACUUGGACGAUCCACGUCUCUUCGCUGCUCGAGUGGCUCGUCGCCAUGGGGCGAGAGAUAGGGGAGAUCUGGGGAGAUCUGGGGAGAUCUGGGGCGAGGAGACGACAGACUUGCAGAGACUACUGCAUGAUCCCGAGCCACUCGUCUGGCGUCUGCGCUUGCGUGUACCACUUCUUCUACAACGCAGAGAGCCUGCAGUUCAUCGCGGCGCUCACUCUGCUCGGCAACUGCACCCUCGCCUUCGCCGCGUGGCGCCUCGCCGCCUCCAACGGCUACGCCUUCUCGCUGCCGUCGCUCGGCGAUCCGGGCGGCGGCGAGGCGGCCGAGGAGCAAGAGGGCGCCGCCGCCGCCGCAGUGGCGAGGGCGGCGGCAGCGGACACACCGGCCGCCGCCGCCGCCUCUGCCGCCGCCUCUGCCGGCGUGGACGGCUCGGGCGGCGAUUUGAGCGGUCUGCUCCUCGUCCUCGCCGUGUCUGUGGCGAGCUCGUGGUCUAUAGUCGUGACAGGUCGACAUACACUCGGAAUGACCGCCAUAGUAUCACAACAGGCGAGCUCGUACGUGAUCAAGUACGGAGAGACGCUGCUGCCCGUGGUGGCGGAAGGCGACUCGCUGGCGGUGCUCGCGCCGCUGAUGGUGGUGGCGGCGACGGGCUUCAACUGCUGGAAGUGGUGGCAGCGCUCGCAGGAGGACCGCGACUUUGGCGGGCUGAUCUAG